GGGAAGGAGGUGUGGUUACUGCCGCACUGGCUGCUGGGCUGGCCGGCGAGGAAAGAUCCGCGUUUAAAGGAAGCGAAAAUGGCUGAAAACGGAGAUAGUGAAAAUAUGUCCGAUUUGGAAAAGAAGGUUUGUCAACAAAUUGAGUACUACUUUGGUGACCACAAUUUACCCCGGGACAAGUUUCUUCAAGAGAAGAUCAAAUCAGAUGAUGGCUGGGUGACUUUAGAAACAAUAAUCAAAUUCAAUAGGCUAAAUCGCCUUACAAAAGACUUUGAUGUAAUAGUUGGGGCAUUAAAGAAAUCGAAGACCGAACUUAUGGAAGUUAGUGAAGAUAAGACUAAAAUCCGAAGAUCUCCAGACAAACCGUUGCCUGAAGUUACUGAACAAUAUAAGAAUGCAAUUAAAAGCAGAUCUAUAUAUAUUAAAGGUUUUCCAUUAGAUGCAACUUUAGAUGAUAUCAAAGAAUGGCUGGAUAGUAAAGGCAAAGUAGAAAACAUUCAGAUGAGGAGAACACUUCAGAAAACAUUUAAGGGAUCCAUCUUUGCAGUAUUUGACACUGUUGAAUCUGCCAAGGAGUUCGUUGGGACACCAAACCAAAGAUAUAAGGAAACAGAGCUGAUUGUGCUCUUCAAGGAAGAUUACUUUGCCAAAAAGAAUGAUGAGAAGAAAAGGAAUAAACUGGAAGCAAAAGCAAAGGCUAAACUGAAGAAAGAAGAGAAACAGAAGCAUGCUGAAGAAAGUGAAAUGAGUCAGCAAGUCCCAAGAAAAGACCGCUUGAAGAAGACGUGCAAGAAGAGCCAGCUGCCAAACAGCUAAAAACAGAAAAUGGUGCUGGAAUUCAGUUGUAAUACUUCAAAAACCAUUUAAUGCUAUUUUUAUUAUUUUAAUACAGUUUUAAGUCAUUCCACCAUCCAUCUCUUUUCCCCCACAAGGGAAUCUGAUAAAAUCUACUUUGAUGUCUACCUGUAAGACAAAGAAGAAAAUUACAUUUUGAGAAUUCUCUCUUGGAAUAGUGGCUGAUUUAACACGCGGUGUUUAAAAAUAUCUGAUGAGUGAGCCUGUAAUUGGGCUGAAAGAAAAGGCUGAAGAAUCAGAACUAUAUCCUAAUAUGUUAUGUACAAAACUUUUCUUGAGUAGCAUAUAACAAAUAAGUAUCAGUAUCUUGUGUAUUCAAAUUUUGUGAAUCUUUGUGUUCAGUUCCAGAUGUUUCAAAUUGUAUUGCUACCUUUAUUGGAAGAAAAAAAAUCUAUAAAUAAAAUAAAGCAACUAUGUAGCGUUA